UAGAGAAGGACCCAGUUCGGUAGAGGAUCUUUGAAACGGCUUUUACUGAACACUAAGAGACUGAGGGGGAGCUUUCUGGAGAGGAGGAGGCGCACUGAAGCCGUGACAGCGUAGGAAAACCACCUCUCUCCUCUCUCUCCUCUCCCUCUCUCUCCCUCCCUCCCUCCUCCAGUCGAGGUUCGAGGAGAUCUCUCUUGGAGCUGGAGAGGAGAGGUCGGCCGUCUCUCUCCUCCAGCAGCCGCCGGGCUUCUCUCUGCAGCCUCCCGCCGCUUCAUCAUGGAUCUGGGGACUAAAAGAGUCGCUGGGAUUAUCGCUCGGGUCGUGCUGCUUCUCUCCUGCUCGUACGGGACAACCGGAGAAGAGGUGUGUGACAGUGCUCUGGUGUCCAGUCUGCCACCAUCGUCCUUCAGAAGCUCCUCCCAGCUGUCCAGCAGCCACGCACCAGGCUUUGCCAAACUCAACAGGAGAGAAGGAGCUGGAGGUUGGUCCCCCCUCACCUCAGACAGGUACCAGUGGUUGGAGGUCGACCUGGGCGAGAGGACCAGGAUCACCGCUGUCGCUACCCAGGGCCGCUACGGCAGCUCUGAUUGGCAGACAUCGUACCUGCUGAUGUUCAGCGACACAGGACACAACUGGAAACAGUACAGACAGGAGGACAGUAGAGGGUUUUUUCCAGGUAACAGUAAUGCAGACAGCGUGGUUCAGUACAAACUGCAGCAGCCGGCGAUCGCUCGCUUCCUCCGCCUCAUCCCUCUGGACUGGAACCCCAGCGGGCGGAUCGGACUCCGGCUGGAGACCUACGGAUGUCCUUACACCUCUGAUGUGCUGAGUUUCGGCGGCAGCAGCAGCAGCAGCAGCAGCAGCAGCGGUCUGGUUUACAGGUUGGGUCCCGGGCCGAGGCAGACGUCCAGCAGAGAGGUCGUCUCUCUGAAGUUCAAAACCCUGAGGAAUUCUGGGACGUUGCUGCACGCGGAGGGAGAGGGAGGACUCAGCCUCAGCCUGGAGUUAGAGAGAGGAAAACUACAGCUGCUGCUCAGACAAGGUGGGACUUCAUCCCCUGAACCCCGGCGUCUCGCCUCCCUCGGCAGCCUGUUGGACGAUCAGCACUGGCAUCACGUCGCGGUGGAGCGACGAGGUGCUCACCUCAACCUCACUGUGGACAAACACACAGAGAGGGUUCAAAUCCCUACAGAGUUCAACCACUGGGACAUCAAACAGCUGAGCGUAGGGGCAGCCCAGACUUUCAACUCUCAGAAACCAGGUGUCUCGAACAGGAACUUCCACGGCUGCCUGGAGAACCUGCUCUUCAACAACCUCAACCUGAUAGAACGAGCUAAACACAACGACCAGCAAGUUACUCUGAAGGGCAAUGUCACCUUUUCUUGUACUGAGCCAGUUUCCGUCGCCGUGACGUUUCCCGGCCCCCAGAGCUUCCUCCAGUUGCCGGGGGCAGCGGCGACGGCGGCGUCCGUGGGAUUUCAGUUCAGGACAUGGAACAAGGCAGGGCUGCUGCUGACCUUUGACCUCCCUCAGGAAGGAGGGGUGGUCUGGCUGUACCUGAGUGAGGCCAGACUCCGGCUGCAGAUCCACAAGGCUGGGAGGGCGCUGCUGGAGCUCAGUGCAGGUUCGGCUCUGAAUGACGGUCAGUGGCACUCGGUGGAUUUAACCUCCGGACGAGGACGUCUGACCCUCGCUGUGGAUAAAGAAGAAGGAGGCGUCGCUCACGCCAGCCCCUCAUUUCCUGUCGCUGUAGGACGUCAACUCUUUUUUGGUGGUUGUCCCGCCGAAGACGACAGUCAGGAAUGUAGAAAUCCCUUCGACAUUUUCCAGGGCUGCAUGCGUCUCCUCACCGUGGACAACCAGCCGGUGGACCUGAUCCUGGUGCAGCAAAGACUGCUGGGAAACUACAGCCAGCUGCAGAUUGACAUGUGCGGCAUCAUUGACAGGUGUUCUCCCAGUCGUUGCGAACAUGGCGGCCACUGCAGUCAGUCCUGGACCGUCUUCCACUGCAACUGCUCCGACAGCGGCUACAGCGGCGCCACCUGCCACAGCUCUGUGUACCAACAGUCCUGCGAGGCGUACAAACACAACGGCAACACGUCGGGACAUUUUUACAUCGACGUGGACGGCAGCGGACCAAUCAAACCACAGCUGGUCUACUGCAACAUGACAGAGGAGAACACGUGGAUGGUGAUCCAGCACAACAACACGGAGCUGACCAGAGUCCGACCGUCUCCAGGCCUGAACCAGCAUUUAAUUCACUUCGACUACUCGUCUCAAGAGGAGCAGCUGUCGGCCAUUACCGGCCAAUCAGAGCACUGCGAACAGGAGCUGUCCUACCACUGCAGGAAGUCCCGCCUCCUCAACACUCCAGAGGGCACUCCGUUCAGCUGGUGGCUCGGUGGUCCCGGCUCCGGUCGUAUCCAGACCUACUGGGGCGGAGCUCAGCCGGGCAGCCAGCAGUGUGCCUGCGGCCUGCAGGGCGACUGUGUGGACCCACAGCACUACUGCAACUGUGACGCCGACCGCACAGAGUGGGCUGAUGACUCGGGCCUGAUCACCCACAAGGAGAGCCUCCCUGUCAGGUCCCUGGUGCUCGGGGACGUCCAGAGACCGGGGUCAGAGGCCGCCUACAGGGUGGGACCGCUCCGUUGUCAUGGAGACAAGAACUUCUGGAACGCUGCGUUUUUCGACAAGGAGACGUCGUACCUCCACUUCCCCACCUUCCACGGAGAGCUGAGUGCGGACAUCUCCUUCCUGUUCAAAACCACGGCGUCCUCCGGUGUGUUCCUGGAAAACCUGGGCAUCAAAGAUUUCAUCCGCAUCGAACUGAGCUCCUCCACCCAGGUGCUUUUCUCCUUCGACGUGGGUAACGGCCCGCUCGAGGUUCGCGUGGAGUCGGACGUCCCGCUGAACGACAACCGGUGGCACAGAGUCCGAGCCGAGCGCAACGUCAAGGAGGCGUCGCUUCGGUUGGACGAGCUCCCUGCCGCCACGCAGGAGGCUCCUGCUGACGGACACUUCCACCUACAGCUCAACAGCCAGCUGUUCAUAGGAGGCACAGCUUCCAGGCAGAAGGGUUUCCGGGGCUGCAUUCGCUCUCUGCAGCUGAACGGCGUCACCCUGGACCUGGAGGAGAGGGCGAAGAUCACACCCGGGGUCCGACCCGGCUGCCCGGGUCACUGCAGCAGCUACGGCUCGCUCUGCCAGAACCAGGGCCGCUGUGUGGAGAGAGCCAACGGCUUCCAGUGCGACUGUGGCCUGUCAGCCUACACCGGAGUCUUCUGCCAUACAGAGGUGUCGGCCAUCUUUAAGUCAGGGACGUCUGUCAGCUACACCUUCAAGGAGCCGUACGAGUUAAUCAGGAACAGCAGCACGCUGCCGUCCUCCAUCUACUCUGACAUGACGCUGAGAGGAGAGAACGUCUCCCUGAGCUUCAGGACGAACCAGAGUCCGGCUCUGCUGCUCUACAUCAGCUCCUACUACAGAGAGUACCUGGCCCUGCUCAUCAACAAGCACGAUGAACUGGAGGUGAGGUACAAGCUGGACAGCAGCAGAGAUGCAGAAGUGUGGAGGAGCAGAGUGAGGAGUCUGGCCAACGGACAACUACACACUGUUAGCAUCAGGAGACUGACGGACUCUGUGUCUGUGCAGAUUAACCAGGACGCCAGAGAGGACUUCAACCUGACGUCUGAUGGAGAAUUCAACGCCAUCAAGUCUCUGGUGCUGGGCAGAGUGCACGAGUCUGAUGAGUUGGAUCCAGACCUGGCCCGGCUGGCAGCUCUGGGUUUCACUGGCUGUCUGUCAGUGGUCCACUUUAACUCCAUCAGCCCUCUGAAAGCUGCUCUGCUCCACCCGGACACCAGCCCCGUCAUCAUCACCGGACCUUUAGUCCAGUCCAACUGUGGCUCCCUGGCUUCGGCCAAUCCCUACGCAGCGGAGAACACACACCACCUGUCAGACCAGUCUGGUUCAGUGGGUUCAGGUCAACCUUUAGUCAAUGCCAUCAGGACUGACUCGGCUCUGAUUGGAGGUUUGAUAGCGGUGGUGAUCUUUGUGCUUGUGACUGGCCUGGCGAUAACCGCCAGAUUCCUGUACCGCAGAAAAGAGACGUAUCGGAAUCAGGAUGUGAAGGGAGUCAAACAGGAGGACAGCCCAGAUUUUCCUUUCAACAACCAGACUGACUCCCAGAACGUCUCAGAUGAAAACCGAAAGGAGUAUUUUAUUUAAACUGGUGGUUUGAUGACCGGGUGAACUGGAUUUUUUUUGGGGGGGGGUUGAAGACGAGGUGGGGGAUGUCCUGCCACUCAUCAGGACUUUACACUGCACUCAGAGCCACUUGAGACUUCACUGGGCAUGAGUGGCCCUACAAAAUAUGGAAAGCAAAAAAACAGAACAACACAAACAACUUUUACUGUAUAGUGUGUAUAUACUGAUACAAGCAGUGCUGGACUCAUGAGGUGUUGAUAUCCUUGUUUCAGAAAUUGUAAAUAUUCAAAAAAUGUAAAUGUCGGAGUCAUGUCUACUACAAUCUCUAGCUAAUGUCACUCUGUCAUAUUGAAAAGUUUGAAAAGGGAACUGAUAUUGUUGUAUGGAUUUAUUUAGAGUAUUCAAGCACAACUUUAUUUCCUUGUUGCAGUGAAUCAAGGUGCAGGGUGACUGGAGUCGUUCAGCUUAUGCACUUCUAUGCGGAUGAUGCACUUUUCUAUGCGGAUGAUGUAUGAUUGUUUAUUUAAAGGAUGUGUAAACUUCUUACCCUUAAUUACUCCCCUCAGGAGGAGUACUUCAGUAAGAGCUAGGUGUUUGGUGGUUUUGCUCAUGUGUAAUGCUCUUUUGUUGUGUGUAGAGCUUUGGGGGAAUGACAGUAUGCACUCUUUAGAGGCCGUAAAGCCUCGAAAACCUGCUUGAGGGAAACCUGUGUGCACUCGUCCACUUGGACAGUUAGAAAGUAUUGUCAGAGUCCCUGCAGCCGGUGUACGUCCAUCAAGUACCAGGAGGUGUUUUUGAUGAUUUUCUAACUCCAGUCAGCACAUGAAUUAAACAUUUUCAUGAUUGAUUUUCUUCCAGCAACAGUGAGCUACCACAGAACUUUGGUGUUAACAAGUGGCAUCUUCAAAGUCAGCGCAGUCUUACUCACUCCAGUCAUGCACAUUGCCAUGAGCACAUUGUGCAUUUGUACUGUUUGAGAAGUGGUGCACUGCAGGGCUGGCGGCUCCUGGUUGAGAGACUUAGAGACUUUUAUACAGUAGGGAUUGAUUUUCCGCUUCAUUUCCAUUUUUAUCCGUCUUUUUUUGUCUCUUCCUCUUACUAAAGCUCUUUUCUCUCGUUGCUUCUUUCCAUCAUAACUUGAAAGCACAACAAAGAGCAGGGAACAAAAAUACAUACAUGAGCAUUGAGCUUAUUUUAGUUUCUUAUAGUUUGCAAGCUCCUCAGAAACAGGUUGUUCGCUCUGACAUAAAGGUUUUCUCCUCCCCUGCUGCAUGCCGCCUUCUGGGAGCUUCCUCUCCCGGCUCUUUAAAUGUUUCUGAACAGUAAAGCUUUUAACACUGACAGCAGCAGAGGCUCUGUAACUGUCUGUCACCUCGUACACUGCACGCAGAGACAGUUAAUGUGUUUUUGAAAUGCUAAUCUGCCUCGGUCUGACAGGUGGAUUGUAACUCGAUAGUAAGCAGCGAGAUGAUCAGACUGAGAAAGAGAGAUAAUCCAGGAGAAAUAGUGUCAGGCAGACACAGAUGUAAUAACAACACAUUCUGAUAUCAACACUGAAAAUGAAGCAAAUCCCUCCAUGUGUUAAUUCAGCUCGAGAAGCAGAAAGAGGAUCGACAGCAGCUGUUUAUCAAACACACACCACCGUCUCUCUGCGAGACCCCAAAUCACUGAUGGGAUUUUAAUGACAAAAGUUGCUAAAACUUCAAAGUGCAUUAUUCAUCUUUCUGUUUGUGUUUUCUCCCCCCCCCCCCAGCUCAUAACAGCUGAGGCCACACAUUGUUGUCUUUGUCACAUCCUUGAUUCCAGACACUUAAAUUCUUUGAAGAAGGAGUAGUGACUGUCCAUUCUGCAGAAGGAACUGACUGCAGUGCAGUGAUUACGGAGAGGAACUGAACUGGUAACUCUGACUGCAAGAUAAUCUUGCAGAUUGAGCACAGCUGGAGGAGACAGCUGCAUGACAAUGCAGCAAAAUAAUAUGUUCAUCAAGAUCCAGAGAUGAAUGUUUUUUCAGUGUCCACUGAGAAUGUGCAAACCAGCAAGGAAACAGAUGUUUGACCUUAAACCUCUGCGUAGUGUCACUGUGAACAACUUUUUUUUUUUUUUUUUUUUGGGGGGGGGGGGUGUUUUUUUUUCAAACUAUUUUCAGGCAACAGAACAAGAAUAUUACAACACUUUACAUUUGAAGCUGCUUUAUUCUCUACUGUAAUCUUUCAUAUUUAAAGGAUGAAGGCCUAGUCACACCAGGAAGUAAUACAACAAAAUUAUAUCACAUGUCUUCAUGAAAUAUUUGGGUCUAGAGGCUUGGUGGCAUUGGGAUUAAUCACUGGGCUUUUUGACAAACUGCUGUGACUGAUGAGCUAACUGCCAACAUGCUAGCUAGCUGGGAUACGCUAGCACUAGUCAGUCACAGUGAGUGUCAGAGCUUUUCUAUUUUUUAAGCAUUGUGCAGAGUACUCAUCCUGAUAUUUUUUAGGACUUAAUAUCUUUUCAUUCAAUGAAGAGUCAUUGAAGGGGGCGGGGGCUAAUAAACUUACUACUUGCUAAAUGUUAGCUAGCAAACACGUUAGCUUAGUUGCUAAUGAUACAGUAAGUUCACCCAGAUAAUUCAAAAGAUGUAUCUGUACAAUUCUGUCUCAGAACUGCCUACAAACUAUUCCUUUUAAUAAAUCUCAAAGGUAGCUAAUAACGCAACUAAAAAGCUACAUAGCCUCCCCCAUUUUGUCAGCGCGUGUUAUUGGUUAACAACCAAAAUUUGCGAGUACAAUUCUGGUUUGACUAGGCUGUAAGGCUGAUUAUAGUCUGCAGUUUGCUUAUUGUCACCAACUUCCAUUAAGAAGAGUAAAACAAAGAGUAAAUUGCUCCCACUAAUACAAUACACACUUGCUGUAUUUUUUAAAGUCAAUCCCACAUACACCAUCCUGCUGCUGGAAAUAUUUAUUAGAGCCCAAAUUGUGUAUUCAUCCACAGCUGCAAAUAGUCCCUAACAGAAGCAUUAAUUCUUCCUCUUUUAGUAAAAAACACAGUGCCCAGGUGUUUUAGGAAAUUAUUGAAUGUUUCUUUUAUUAAUAAUUAAUGGGCUUAUGACUAAUACAUUGCUGAAUUUGGGAUUUGUUGACAGUAAGAAAAACAGAGUAACCUCAGCCUCAUCCUUGUUGGAGUGAAUAUUUUGACAGACAGUGGUGUAGUUUCUCUCUGACGAUGCACUGCUUUAAAGUUGAGGUGUUAUCAGUGUACCUAUAGUGUUGGUGAAUAACAGUGAUGUUGUGAGUGUGAGUGACCUGCCAUAGAAAUAUACAGACUCUACUCAUAAUCUGGUUGUUUCAUUAUAGACAAAAUCCUGUUUGAAGAAAAUAAAUAAUGAUAAUUU